CACUUCGUUAAACAACCCUAUUUGAAAUUUCGUAUUUAUGGCUCAAAAUUCUCAAAAGAGUUCAAAGACAAUGUUUACUCCGAUUGCGGAACUGGACAACCGUCGGACAACAUGGAUGCACAUGUUAAGAGCUAUUUGGGUUUACUUUGUUCCGAGAGCAAAGCAAAGGGAAAAUGCCAAAAAACUUGAAUUCUCAUUCUUCAUGGCCAUGGCUUUCUUCCCCGAAACGAUUUCAUCAUUAAAUUCAAGCCCUCUCUUCUCCGCCAUUAUCACUCUCUACACUCUCCUCCUUCUAUAUCUUCCCUCCCUUUUCCGGGAUCUCCUUUUCUCCCCUGUCCUCCUUUCCGCCUCCGCCCUCCUCUUCUCCCUCCUCCGCCUCGGCGCCGCCCAGCGAAUCUACCGGGACGCCGCCGACAAGCAGCCGAUUCUCCCGUCUCCGGGUUCGGUUCAGAAUUCGGAUUCGGGGCAGGAGUUUAUCGAGUGGGAUGUGAGGGCCCCGCUGGAGGCGAUUCUUGAAGACGAAGAAGAAGAAGGUGGCGGAGAGGUUCAGAGGUAUGCUUCUCUGUUGCUCCAUUAUCCGGAUUCGGAUUCGGGUUCUUCGUCGGAAGGGGAAUUUCCGGUUGGCAGAGGGUGGGAUUAUCCAUCGACGGAGAGGAAUUGUUGCUGGUGGGAUGAGGAGGAGGAAAGAGACGAGCUGAUUGAGAUAUCGUUGGACGGGAAGACGGGUUUUAGUGAGCCGGAAGAAGACAAUUUGAUCGAGAUCGACCUUUUCCCCGGCAAGUGAUUGGAUUUCCGGCGAGGGGGUCGUUCCCUUCCAGAUUAUGUUUUGGAUGUAUCAUGUAUACUUCCUCUCCAACUUGAGAGGUUUAUUACUUUACCCUGUAUUUUGUAUCAACAUUUGAUAUUUUUCAAUAUUAACAAAAAUUUAAUAAUACAACCAUUAUUUG